AUUCCUCUCUCGCUAUCCAGCCCUCCGAGCCAAGUAAGUUUUCCCUUCCUUCUCUACUUUCCCGGUCAUGUCUUCUCUUAGCGAUAGGAUCUCUUCCUCAGAGGACUGCUCCUCUGAGGACUCCAACUCCUCUUCUUCGACCGGGUCUUCUUCUCUUGACUCCACGCCCGGUCAGGUUCCCAACUCCUCUAUUCCCGACCCGCAUCCUGUUAACCAGAUACCCGGUGAAACUUUCGUGGGGAGGGAUGACCCGGUUGAUGACGAACCGGGUCCCUAUGACCCUGAACACGAAACCCGGAAUGCGUGGGAGGAGCGGCUUCAUGCUGCCGGUUACUUUCCGCUCCCCACCUUCUACGUCCUUGACAUCCCUUCCCGUGUAUCCAAAAUCGUCUUGAACAAAAUUCGUAGGAGGCUCCCGGAUGGGUAUACCCUCCUGUAUGAGCCCAACUGGCCCAACAUUGUCGAACCCCACCGGGAGGACAGGAUAGGGUUCCACACCAUAUCCCAGGAUGCGGGCAUAGUUUUUCCCCUUCGCCCCCUCCUAACCGAAGUAUGCCACGCGUUUAGGAUUUUGCCCGGUCAAAUAACACCUAACGCCCACUGGUAUUUCCAUUCCUUUGUAAAUAUCUGUACUCAUUUGAAAAUCUUCCCCUCUUUGCGUCUUUUUCUCUUUUGCUUCGAAGUCCUACCAGGCGGGACUGGCUGCGAAGGUUUUGUAUUUUUCAAAGCCCGCACCGGUAAGAAGUUCAUUUCCGAAGUCCCCCAGAGUAACCGGGGAUGGAAGGAAAAAUUUGUUUUCAUCGAAUUUCCCCCCUUUGUCACUCCUUUGGCCGGUCUGAACUGGAACGACCAUCUGCUCGACCAAGAGUACACUGCACCGGCUUCCUCCCCAGACUUGGAAGCGAAUCUUGAGGUCCUCAUGCGCGGGGAUCCUUUCACUGGGAGGAUCUUCCAUUAUGGCAGCUGGGUUUGGAGGGUGGAGUCGGGUGGUGAGGGUACCUCCCAGGCCCAUGAAGCAGCGGGGCGCGGGGUAUCCUCCCCGGGCAACACUGCAGAGGCUGAGGGCCAGAACCACCCAGAUAUGGAGUUCGAAGAGUUCGCCAUCCCCGACGACCAACCAGCAGGGGAGACUGGGGGCUCCCAAGCCAACACUGCCAGGACCUUCCCGGUCAAUCCAGAGACCGUGGAAAUCCUUGAUGAAGACGAGCCCCAAGACAACCGGUCUAAGGGAAGGAGAAGGAGAAGACCGGUCGGCGAACGAAGAAGGUCGCCACCACGCACCCUUCUUAUGCUAAGAAGAGGGCAAGGCCGGAUUCUGAGCCGGCCGGCGGGGGAGAUUGGGCCGCACACAGUGGACCGGUUGGGGAUGAGUUCCCCUUCUGAAGUCGACCGGCUGAAGAAGGAGAAAGAAGAGAUGACACUCAUCCUGAGGAGCCAGGCUGAUGAGCUGAUCCGGCUGUCUGGGCUUGCCGGGGCAAUGAAGACCGAGAUCUCCCAACUGAAGGAGGAGAAUGGCCGGCUCCUGGACGAAGUCUCUGAAGCCAAGAGGGAAGUAGCGGAGAAGGAAGAAACCUUCCCCGGGCGCGCAGCUGCCUGGGUGGAAGAGAAUAAGGCCGAAGCCGCCCGGGUGAUGACGGCGAGCCCAGAAGCGACCGUGGAAUCCUUCAGGCUUUUGUACCGGGAGCCUGAAGGAAAGAAGAUGAUAACCGCGAUUGGGUCCUUCGGAUUCAAAAGCGGCCAAAAGAAAGACCGGGCAGCCUCCCACCGGAUCCUCCUGAAGAGAGACCCGGCCUUCACCGCAGCUUCCUAUGGCCUGGCUCCCAUCCCGGAGGAAGAGCCAACUCCCCCUUUCCCCCUAGAUUAGGAUCUCCCUGGCUGCGCCCGGUUGUUUUUUGUAAAACUUGAAACCUUAUCAAUUUCCCCGG